UCAGCUGGAUUUCCUGUCUCCACUUCUAAUAUUGAUGCUCUUGAAAGCACAUUUGGAUCAAAGACAUUUUCUAUCACUGAACAAAUCAAGAGCCUCCUUUCCUGUCUCAGAGCAAUACAGACAGCUUAUUGUCAUAUGACCUCAUAUCCCCAAAUUAAAUGAAAAAAGAAUCUUCUCUAGCUUUCCAUGAAGCUCACCUAUUGCCUGUUAAUUUUGACUGUUAGUGCUGAUCUUUCAGUUGGAUUUACACUGGAAAAUGUAGCCUUUAAUAGGACAGUUGCCUUUGGGACUUUCAAUGCAUCACUUCUUCAGGUGUCUCAAGCUUUAGUAGGUUCUCCAGCACAUCAUGAUAUCAUAGCCAAAGAAGGGACCAGUAUUUUAAUUGAAUGUAAACUGAACAUCAGCCAGUAUGAAUAUAUUCUUUGGUAUAACUCCAGAGGACACCUGCUUGAGCAGAAGGAUGAAGGUGGACGGUGGAGGAUUGCUGGUAAUUCCCUUAACAUCACAAAGGUCAGCUUUGCUGACCGGGGGCGAUACACAUGUGCAGCUGUUAACCAUAAUGACACCUCCUAUUACACAGUCACCCUGAGGGUUAUCUUCACCUCAGGAGACAUGAGUAUCUACUACAUGAUUGUGUGCCUCAUUGCCUUUGCUAUCACCCUCAUUUUAAACAUAACCCGUCUGUGCAUGAUGAGCAGUCACCUCCGCAAAACAGAGAAGGCGAUCAAUGAGUUCUUCAGGACGGAAGGGGCUGAGAAGCUUCAGAAGGCUUUUGAGAUAGCCAAGCGUAUCCCUAUCAUCACGUCUGCCAAAACGCUGGAGUUGGCCAAAGUCACUCAGUUUAAGACCAUGGAGUUUGCUCGGUACAUUGAAGAGCUUGCCAGGAGCAUUCCCCUUCCACCACUGAUCCUUAACUGCAGGGCAUUCAUGGAGGAGAUCUUUGAGGCAGUGCGAGUUGACGAUCCCGAUGAAAUUGGUGAGGAGGCCAAACAGCCCCCAGGCUGCGGGACACAAGCUGCCAUAUACCCCAGCAACCCCGAGAUCAAGCGCAGCGAUUCCCCAGCCGGGGAUUCGGACGAUGGUUCCAUGAAUGAGCAAGGUCAAGAGAUAGCUGUCCAGGUGUCCAUUCACCCGCAGUCAGAGGUGCAGAGCAUUGACACUGUCUCUCACGACAGCUGCCAGUUUGUGCCCUCGGAGGACGGAACCUGCUGA